AGCCCGCUCCCCGGCGCUCCCCGGCCUCGUCACUGUCGUCCCGCAGUUUCUUUGGCCGGCGCGGCGACGGAGGAGUUUGCCAUGGCGACGUUCAUCUCGGUGCAGCUGAAGAAGACCUCGGAGGUGGACCUGGCCAAGCCGCUGGUGAAGUUCAUCCAGCAGACAUACCCGAGCGGCGGCGAGGAGCAGGCCCAGUACUGCCGCGCGGCCGAGGAGCUCAGCAAGCUGCGCCGCGCCGCCAUGGGAAGCUCUUUGUAUUUACAUAAAUGUGCAUAAUAUUUAACUCUGCUAAUUUUAACUUUUGCUCUGUGCUUUAGAUACUAUGAUCAGAUUUGUUCCAUUGAACCCAAGUUCCCAUUUUCUGAAAAUCAGAUCUGCUUGACAUUUACCUGGAAGGAUGCUUUUGAUAAAGGUUCACUUUUUGGAGGGUCUGUAAAGUUGGCUCUUGCAAGCUUAGGAUAUGAAAAGAGCUGUGUGUUGUUCAAUUGUGCAGCCUUAGCUAGCCAAAUUGCAGCAGAACAGAACCUGGAUAAUGAUGAAGGAUUGAAAAUCGCUGCUAAGCAUUACCAGUUUGCUAGUGGUGCCUUUUUACAUAUUAAAGAGACGGUUUUAUCUGCCUUAAAUCGGGAACCUACUGUGGACAUAUCUCCAGAUACUGUUGGGACCCUCAGUCUUAUCAUGCUGGCACAGGCCCAAGAAGUCUUUUUUUUAAAGGCCACAAGAGAUAAAAUGAAAGAUGCCAUUAUAGCCAAAUUGGCGAAUCAGGCUGCAGAUUAUUUUGGUGAUGCUUUCAAGCAGUGUCAGUAUAAAGACACUCUCCCUAAGGAGGUGUUCCCUGUCUUGGCUGCCAAGCACUGUAUCAUGCAGGCCAAUGCUGAGUACCAUCAGUCUAUCCUGGCAAAACAGCAAAAGAGAUUUGGGGAAGAGAUUGCAAGGUUACAGCAUGCAGCAGAAUUGAUUAAAACAGUGGCAUCUCGCUAUGAUGAAUAUGUCAACGUGAAGGAUUUCUCAGACAAAAUCAACCGUGCCCUUACUGCAGCAAAGAAGGAUAAUGACUUCAUAUAUCACGAUCGAGUUCCAGACCUCAAAGAUCUAGACCCUAUUGGCAAAGCCACACUUGUGAAAUCUACCCCAGUCAAUGUACCCAUUAGCCAGAAAUUCACUGAUCUGUUUGAGAAAAUGGUUCCUGUGUCAGUGCAGCAGGCUUUGGCUGCCUAUAACCAGAGGAAAGCUGACUUAGUUAACAGAUCAAUUGCUCAAAUGAGAGAAGCCACCAAUUUGGCAAAUGGGGUGUUAGCAUCUCUUAAUCUUCCAGCAGCAAUUGAAGAUGUAUCUGGAGAUACUGUACCUCAGUCUAUAUUGACAAAGUCCACAUCUGUAAUUGAACAGGGAGGCAUCCAGACUGUAGAUCAGUUGAUCAAAGAGCUACCUGAACUACUACAAAGAAAUAGAGAAAUUCUAGAUGAGUCAUUAAGAUUGUUGGAUGAAGAAGAAGCAACUGACAAUGAUUUAAGAGCAAAAUUCAAGGAACGCUGGCAAAGGACAGCAUCCAACGAACUCUAUAAGCCUUUAAGAGCAGAGGGGGCCAACUUCAGAGCAGUUUUGGAUAAAGCCUUGCAAGCGGAUGGGAAAGUGAAAGAACGGUAUCUGUCACACCGUGACUCCAUUGCACUUUUGUGUAAGCCAGAGCCUGAGCUGAAUGCUGCCAUCCCUUCUGCUAACCCAGCAAAGACCAUGCAGGGCAGUGAGGUUGUAAAUGUAUUAAAAUCCUUAUUGACAAAUCUUGAUGAAGUAAAGAAGGAAAGAGAGGGUCUAGAGAAUGACCUGAAAUCAAUGAAUUUUGACAUGACAAGCAGAUUUUUGACUGCUUUGGCUCAAGAUGGUGUGAUAAAUGAAGAAGCUCUUUCUGUUACUGAGCUGGAUCGAAUCUAUGGAGGUCUUACGACUAAAGUCCAAGAAUCUCUAAAGAAACAGGAAGGACUUCUUAAGAAUAUUCAGGUUUCACACCAGGAAUUUUCAAAAAUGAAACAAUCUAACAAUGAAGCCAACUUAAGAGAAGAAGUUUUGAAGAAUUUAGCUGCUGCAUAUGACAACUUUGUUGAACUUGUAGCUAAUUUGAAAGAAGGCACAAAGUUUUACAACGAGCUGACCGAAAUCCUAGUCCGGUUCCAGAACAAGUGCAGUGAUAUCGUGUUUGCACGGAAAACAGAAAGAGAUGAACUCUUAAAGGACUUGCAGCAAAGCAUUGCCAGAGAACCUAGUGCUCCUUCAAUUCCUACACCUGCCUAUCAGUCCUCUCCAGCUGGAGGAUCUGCCCCCACUCCUCCAACUCCAGCGCCAAGAACCAUUACGCCUAGUAAGCCUCAGCCCCCAGCCCGGCCUCCACCUCCUACGUUUCCAGCAAAUCGAGCACCUGCUGCUGCUGCCUCAGCUCCUGCAGUGACUGGGACUCCUGCACCUGCUGCAUCCCAGACUCCUGGCUCAGCUCCCCUUCCACAGGCCCAGGGGCCCCCCUACCCCACGUAUCCAGGAUAUCCCGGGUAUUGCCAAAUGCCCAUGCCCAUGGGCUAUAACCCUUAUGCGUACGGCCAGUACAAUAUGCCAUAUCCGCCAGUGUAUCAUCAGAACCCUGGACAGGCUCCGUUCCCAGGACCCCAGCAGCCUUCAUACCCCUUCCCUCAGCCCCCACAGCAGCCUUACUAUCCACAGCAGUAAUAUGACUGCUCAGAAGCUCAGCUGGUUCAGUUCAAAGAGAAAGAAUACUAAUCUGCAAUAAGUGUACUAAACUCCAUGCUCUGGUUAAUAUAAUGCACUCUGCUCUGAAUGCAGUGUAUAAUUUUUGUCUGCAGCUACAAACUGAAAGCUGUGCCCCAGUUCCACAUUUGAUUGCACAUGUGAGAUUUGCUGCUGUUGCAGUAUAAACACUAGGUAUACUAGGAUUUGAAAUAAAUUAUAUUACAGUUCAUAAAAGUUGAAAAUAAGAAAUUAAACCCACAAGAGAAACCUUUGAAAUAAAUAUACUUAUGUCUACAGAAGCUGUGAUUGGGUUACCAGUUACUUACAGUGAUGGUUUAAAUACUGAUAUUCAAGAAAACCAAGUUUUCUUUCUCUUUUGGUUUAUUGAUUUGGUUUAAUUUCCAUUAUGCUAUUUUGCAUAAUCAAAGCAUUGUAAUCUUAUAAUUUAAAAAUAAAUUACUUAAGAACAGUU